GCAAGAAACUUAACAGUUGCUCUGUUUUCUUGCAAUGUAAAAUUUAGUAGAUCGAUUAUUUUAAUAUGUAUAAGUGCAGCAAUUAUGGAGAUCUACUAUUGUCGUUCCCAUCAGUAAGAAAAAUAUAGUUUGAAAUCUACCAUGACAGAAAGCAUACGAACUGUUUUAUCGCCACUCUUGUUAAUCAGUUCAUUAUGUGGUUUGAGAAUUAUCGAGAUUUCUACGGGAUAUCCAAAACUUUGGUUCAGUCUUCUCUACAUUCCACUACUAUGGUCGAUUUAUUGUUUUUUCGUGAUUGAUAAAGGGAUAUCUUUUAUACCCGAUGAAUCCGCCGAUUACAUAAUAUAUGUUUCAUUGAAUAUUUUUACAGUUUUGUUAUCAAUUUUUCUUGGAAUAUAUUAUAAUAAGAAAUUUAGAAACUGUUUAAAGAAGCUCGAUGUUGUGGAUAAUACAUUAAGAAAACUCGGAACAACAACGGAUUAUCAAAAAUUAAAUAAAAGAACAAUGUGGAUUGUCUUAGGGUGGUCUAUAAUAGUUUCGUUAUUGAACUAUUGCGAUUAUAUACGAUGGCGAGAUAUGCAUGAUUCUCUAACAUCUAUCUAUGCAACGCUUAUGCUAAACUAUUGUCCCGAUAUCAAUAUCAUUGACGAUCUGAUUUUUGCAAACAUUCUUGGGUUGACAUCUUCAUUUGGAGUUACAGAAAAUAUCUCGCGAGAUAAACUCAAUAUUCGAAAUACAAAUGACUUGGAAGAUGGUAUGUUAUUUCGGUUUCAUAGCGGAGUUUUUCCGUGA